GUAAAUGUUCAUAACCAAAAAUAUCUAUUACAUUUUACAAUAAUUAUAUGACCAUCAUACCAAACUAAACAAUUUAGCAAUUUAUACUUCAUAAUAUUAUACUCGUUGAGAAAAAUGUUUAGCGAAGAAAGUGGUGACAACACUAAUCAAAGACAAAUGAACGGUUUCUCUAUUCCAUCUCCAUAUUUGAACUUUGAUCCAACACUUUUACCUCAGUCAACACAACCUGAAUAUUUAUAUUUAGAAGGAGGUUCAAAACAAAGAGGACAAUUCGAACUAGCAUUUAACCAAAUUGGUUCAUCAUGUUUAGCUGGUGCGGCACUUGGAAGUAUACGUGGUUUAUACAACGGAAUAAAGAUGACAUCAAUGGAAAACCAAACUAGCACAUAUAAUAGAACACAGAUAUUAAACAGUAUUUUUAAAAAUGGCGCUGGGCUAGCCAAUUCAUUUGGUACAAUAUCUAUUUAUUACAGUAUUUUUGGUAUAAUAUUGGAAAAAACUAGAGGCUGUGAUGAUGAGCUCAAUACCAUAGUAUCUGGUACCAGUACAGGAUUUUUAUACAAGUGCACAAGUGGUAUCAAAAGAUGUGGAAUUGGUGGUCUGAUUGGUUUUGGUUUGGCAACUACUUAUUGUUUAGUGAAUUCCCGUGAUAAAAUUGUCAAAAGAGUGAAAGAAAUUUAUCACUAAACAUUUUAACCUAAGUCAAAUAAUUUACAUAAAUACUUCUUCUUAAUGAAUCAAAACUUCCUGUAAAAAAUUUUCAAAUAGAAUAUUGAUUAAAUUGUA